CCAUGACGGACACUCAGCCUGCUGUCCCAUUCUUCAAGAAGGGCAAGUCACGGCCCGCAAACCACAGAAGACGUGACACAUCUCCGUCUGCUGCAAACGUGAUGCAAUCAUCAGCUGCUUCAGAAGUAAAUACUGCCACAAAGUCAGAGGUGGUUCUUCCUUCUCGAAAAGCGGGUCCAAAUCUGCUUUCGGCAGGGACCAAACGAUUAAAAUCACAAAGAGAUGAUGGCGACUUCUCAGAUGAAGAAGCUCGUAACGGGCCAGACGUGAAAUGGACUGCAUCAGGCUCCCACCAGGCCGCCGCCCAGGAGAUCCUGGCGGGUGAUGAGGCCGAAGCUUUGGCGGAGCGGCGGAACAAGAAGACGAAGCUGAACGGAGAUGAGGAGGAAAACGGACUAGAUGAUGGGUUGUAUCAUGGACAAAAUGCAUACAAGUCACAUUUGAAGAAGAACCAGGAAGUGCCAAAGGCCAUGCGUGUGGGUCCUCAACGGAAUACGUCGAGCACCAUACGCCAAGUUACCAUAGUUGACUACCAACCCGACGUGUGUAAGGACUACAAAGAAACUGGUUACUGUGGAUUUGGCGACACCUGCAAGUUCCUUCAUGACCGUGGAACGUAUCUUGCUGGGUGGCAGCUUGACAAGCUUGCGGAGAAUGCAAAACGUAAUGUCGGCGACUCAGACUCGGAUAGCGAUACAGACUCGGACGAUGAUAUCCCAUUCGCAUGUUUAAUCUGCCGCAAACCGUACACUGACCCCGUCGUAACACGAUGCGGACAUUAUUUCUGCUCUGCAUGUGCUAUCAAACGGUUCGCGAAGACUCCGAAAUGUAUUGCUUGUGGGACGGCGACCGGCGGGAUCUUCAAUAGGGCGGAUAAGGUCAUUGCGAAGUUGCAGAAGACGAAGGAGGCUAAUGAAGGAGAGGACGGAGCGGACAAUGAAGAUAGGGACGGAGGGAAGAAUGAAGUUCAACUUGAAGGACUGGGAGAAGGGAGUGACGAUGACGAUAACGGCGAGGAGUGA